GUGGGUGGGUGGGGGGUGAAAAACACGGUGAGGGUGCAAUCCUCGCAUCACUUCUUUUGAAAAGAAAAAACUCCUGUGUUUUGCUGCUGUUCCCUGAGGUUCCCGAACCCGACGUUUUGAUUCGAAAAGGGGUCACAUUUCCACCGACCCUUUUGCUGCUCACGUUUGUGUUGCACCACUUGAGCGAUGCCCUUUAAAAAGGCCCUAAUUUAAUGAUGCUAAAAAUAGUGGCAGAUGUUUUUAAUACACCAAGUGAUGAUGAGUUCAUGGGUUUUGAAGAGGCAGAUUUUGGCGAAAGAUGUGACCAUGUUGACUCUAAGAAAUCAAGCCAGAAUAUUCCAAAAUUGUUCGCAGAUAUCUUCAGUGCACAGAGUGAUGAAGAGUUUAUGGGUUUCGAAGAGGCUGAUUUUAGAGAAGAAUGUUUUGCCAAACUUACUCCAAAAUUGUUAGUGGAUGUCUUCAAUACACCAAGUGAUGAUGAGUUCAUGGGCUUUGAAGAGAUGGAUUAUGGAGAAAAAUGGGACCACGUUGACUCUAAGAAAUCAAGCCAUGUUCCCUCUUACCAAUCCAAGUAUAUUACAGAAGAACUUAUUGAUCUUUUCACUGACGAUAAUGACUCGGCUGAAAGUGUUUUUGAAGGGUUCGCUGAAUGGGAUGUUGAACGUAACAAUGAGAUGGAGUGCAGGUCUACUCAGUCUGAGAUGGAGGAUGAAGGCUUCACAGAAGACGAUGAUGGUGAUGAUGAAACUGAUUAUGAAAUCGAGUUUUCCUCAGACAGUGAGAUGGAUGCGAUACCAAAGAAAAGUCAUUUUGGACUCCGCGUGGCAUUCAAAUUUCCUACAAAGAGGCCGGUGAAAGCAAGGGAGCCAGAACCUUCGGAGUCUGACUCGGAUGAAGAUUCUGGGUCAGAAAAGAAAACCUCCAAUGUCCUGCUGAAGAGGGCACUGAACAUUAAAGAAAACAAAGAAAUGCUUGCCAAGCUCAUGGCAGAGCUGAAAACUAUGCCCGGACUAUUUCCAGUGAAAGUGAGCAGUACAUCGCCUUCAAAACAAAGGCGAACCCCAAAGAGGACCUUUUCCGAGGGAAAGAUUGAACGUCGAGUGAAUCCUACCAGGAGUGCACGGCCUCCCCAGGGGUUCUCCGUAGAAUGCUUUGCAAUUUCUCCAACCAAACUUAUGGAUCAAGUGAAAAACUUUAAUCUGAGAACCAACUUUUCCAAUCAUUUUGUUGAGGGUGCGGGAAUAAGUAAGAGGAGGCGACGAUCUUCUAAAUAUGCACCACGGCCGGCUGAUGAUAUCACUGAUGAGGACUUGGAUAAUGUUGCAAUCACUGUUCGAGACAAAAUCUACGAUCGUGUUAUGGGCAACACCUGCCAUCAAUGUCGACAAAAAACCAUAGAUACAAAAACGAUUUGUCGAAAUGAAGGUUGUUAUGGUGUGAGAGGUCAGUUCUGUGGGCCGUGUCUGCGUAAUCGAUAUGGUGAAGAUGUCAGAACAGCACUUCUGGACGCUGACUGGGUAUGUCCUCCUUGCAGAGGGAUCUGUAACUGUAGCUUCUGCCGCCGUCGGGAUGGGCGCUGUGCUACAGGCAUUCUUGUCCAUUUGGCAAAGUUUUAUGGAUACGAUAAUGUUCAAGCCUAUCUAGAAAGUUUACAGAAACAACUGACCGAUGACUGAAAUGCCAGCCAUGAUCAAUUGGAUACAAUACAAGUGGAGGUUAAAUACUCAAGGAAACAGUUUAUUACAGCUGCUUUCUGCCUUUAUUUUCUAUGAACCAGAAUUUUUGCAUAAAAAAGUAGUCUUUAAUUUACAAAUGUUAUUACUAGAACUUGAAAAUAACUAGAAAAUCUGUUGUAAAGGAUUUUCUCCUAAGCAGCUACCUGUUACUGUAAAAGUUAAUUCACACUGAGCCAUGCAUACAAAUGAGUGAAUUUGUGUAAAUUGCAAAUUGUUUUUUGUUUUAUUGAAGAGUAUACUUUUAUAAUGCAAAGCAGCCCGAGUUUACGUGGAAUGCAAUAAUGCUACUGAAAAGCUGUAUUAUUUGAGUAAAUAAGGUACUUAUGAUCUGGGAAAAACAAUCUUGUGUUAAAAGUGCAUUACCUGACACCAUUGAACAUCCAUCCUGCUUCCAUUGUGUUGUAUGCAACAUAUUUUUGUUAUGUAAAAACAGAUACUGUAACUGGAAAUCUAGUAGAUGUUAAUGCAAAAAUUCAUGUUCUGAGUGUCAUCCCUUGCCUUUUUGUGUUAACGUUUCAUCUUCCUACCAAUCUGCAGUUAGUCAUCUGCUGUUAGGAAAAGUUUAAUUUUGGGAAAAAAAAGUUUGGGUUUUAAAUAAUUGUUGAUUGUUUUAAAUUAGAGCUUCCAUUUAUAAACGAUUUUCUUUCAGAAUAUGUACAAAAUUGUUGCAGUUUUAUGUUAAUGUUUACAGGUGUUUCAAAAAUUGUUGCACUGAAUGACCUUUACCUAGACUUGCAUUGUUAUUUUCAGUCUGUAACCAUUUUCAUGUCAUAAUAAAUGAUUUAAAAGUUGA